AGCCACACGGGGGGGCUGGGACAGCGGGGGGGCACCCUGGGUCGCGAACCCGCAGCGCAUCCCACCCCCCCACCAGCCCACCCCGCGUCGCGCCCGGGUUAGGAGGUACCCCCCGGAAGCCGGGGCGCCGGGCCGCGCCUUCGAAGGUUCCGAUCCGGUCCAGGUCUGGGCCCCCGGGCCCGGCCCCGGCGCCUGCCGCCGCCCGGUCCCCAUAGCGACGCGGCCGCGCGGGCCCGGCGGAACCUGCCGAGCAGCCCCGGGCGGCCGAGCGGGGCCGGGCCCGGCAGGGGGCGCGCGGCGGGGCGGAGCGGCCGGGCCAGGCUCCCCAGGAAAGAAUCUAAUAAGGGGGCGGCCAGGCCCCAGCGGGAACAGCGCCCCUGCUCAGAGCGGUUCCCCGGGAGAGUCGGGGGCAGCAGCAAGGGGCUAGAUCCCCGCGGCACCCUGACAAAGAUCAGGAGGCUCCCCGCCUCUGGAGGCCACAGGUGGAGGCGCGCACACGCGGCAUGGAGAGCCAAGCCAGCAUGGCCCCUGUCCCUGGAGCGCUGCCCUACUUCGUGGCCUUCUCCCAGCUGCUGGGCCUGACCGUGGUGGCCACCACCGGCGCCUGGCUGGGCCUGUACCGCGGCGGCAUCGCCUGGGCGAGUUCCCUGCAGUUCAACGUGCACCCGCUCUGCAUGGUCAUUGGGCUCGUGUUCCUGCAGGGCGACGCCCUGCUGGUGUACCGGGUCUUCAGGAAUGAGACCAAACGCACAACCAAAGUUCUGCACGGGCUGCUGCACGUCUUAGCCUUCGUCAUCGCCCUGGUGGGGCUGGUGGCGGUGUUUGACUACCACCGGAAGAAGGGCUACCCCGACCUGUACAGCCUGCACAGCUGGUGCGGCCUCCUGGUCUUCGUGCUCUACUUUGUGCAGUGGCUCGUGGGCUUUAGCUUCUUCCUGUUCCCCGGAGCCUCCUUCUCGCUGCGGAGUCGCUACCGGUCUCAGCACAUCUUUUUCGGGGCCACCAUCUUCCUGCUCACGGUGGGCACCGCCCUGCUGGGCCUGAAGGAGGCGCUGCUGUUCAAGCUGGGGACCGAGUACAGCACCUUCGAGCCCGAGGGUGUCCUGGGCAACGUGCUGGGCCUGCUGCUGGUGGCCUUCGGCCUGGCCGUGCUCUACGCCCUGACGCGCAGCGACUGGCGACGGCCAGCCCAGGAGGAGGAGCGGGCGCUGUCCAUGGACUUCAAGACACUGACGGAGGGCGACAGCCCCAGCUCCUCCCAGUGAGGCGCCCCCGCCCCCAUCACGCAGGGGCUCCCGGAGGGAGGGGCUGCACCGGCCACGGCGCCCUCUCCCCUCCCCGCCCUCCCACCCUUGCAGCCCCGUCAGUGUCUCUGUCACCCCUCAGGAGGAGCAGUCGUGGGUCCGAGCUUGGUGGUGGGUGCUGGUGGUCCCUGAAGGAGAGGAGAGGCCCGGGCAGGGCUCAGGGCCUUGCACGGGCUCCCGCAACCCCAAGUGCAGACAGGAGGCUGCCGGCCUUGGGCUGGGUCACACAGGUCCUUGGCAGCUCAGCAAGUGAGAUGAUGUGUCAAGUAUGUAGGCUCGGAGCAGGGUCCCCGGAGAGGAGCGGGCCUGGCCUGCAGCCCUGCAUGUGGCGUUCCCCCCCUCCCAUCUUAGCCUCAUUGUGGGAGUCUCAGGAUCGCAGCGACCCGCCCUUGGACGCUGAGAAGAUGGAGCCAGCCAGGGCGAGGCUGCUCUGGGCUCGGGGACACUUUGUGCCCCCUCACGAGCCGGGACCCCACUGGCCCCCAGAGAGGCAGGCUCUCAGCCUCACCCCGGGCAGGCUCCCCAACGCUGAGGGCUCAAGCCUUCUCCCUCCCGCAACAAAAGCUGCCGCUGUGGUUCCCCUUUUACUUUGUGGGGUGGAAGCGCCGGCCGGCCCCUCCCUCCCCAACCUGGGAGCACCCCGCCCCGCCCCUGCCCAGGACGUCAGGCGGAUCGACCCUCCCCCCAGAGUGCUGUUAGCUGAAUCGCUCUUGGCUUCAGUCUGGCGAUAACCUGAUUAGAGCAUUGAUCUUGUGCUCCUGGGACUUGGCGAAUGUUCUCUCUGCUUUCCUUGUUUUCUGGGCUUGGGGGGAGCAUGACAGUUUCAAGACAGACCCAGUUUUGCCUCAUGAAGCAAUUAAUCCCAUUCCCCAGUCUACUGUUGCUUCAGGCCCCGCCCUUCCUCAUCCAAACGCUGGUCUCCUGCGCUGGCCUGCGCCUCUGCUGCCGCCCCAGGCAGCGGGCGGGGUGGGGGUGGGGGUGUGCACCCACUGGAACCAUCUGAUGUUUACAUGUGGGAACCCCACCUUGGACAAACGUCCAGAGUACGAUGUGCGCUGUGCCAGGGCUAGAAGCCGGUCUAUUUGCUGGUGUGAGGCCUGGAAGGCUGGUGCGUAUUUAUUUGAUUCUCCUGUGGCCACUCCUCUGUGCGAUGUGUUGUUGGUGCAACUGAUGAUUCAAUAAAUAUCUGCAGCAGA